AUGUUGCAUUCAGCUUCUUUCUUUCUUUCUUUCUUUCUUUCUUUCUUUCUUUCAUCAUUCUCGCUAAAAUUGACUAAAUUUUAUCAUAUUUUCUACCUUCCCUUUCUUUCUUUCUUUCUUUCUUUCUUUCUUUCCAUUUUCUCUUCUUACUUUCUAUUUUCCAUUCCCUUCUUUCUUCCUUUCUAUAUUUCCCUUCAUUAUUUCUUUCUAUCUUCCCUUCUUUCUUUCUAUUUUCUUUCUUCUUUGUCUAUUUUCCCUUUCAAUCUUUCUAUCUCCCUUUCUUUCUUUCUUUCUCUUCCCUUCUUUCUUUUGAUCUUCCCUUCUUUCUUCCUUCUUUCUAUCUUCUAUUCUUUCUGUCUAUUUUCCCUUUCCAUUCCUUUUUCGUUACUAUCUUCCCAAAUUUCUUUCUUUUUAUCUUCCCGUUUUUCGUUCUAUCUUCUUUCUUUCUGUCUAUUUUUCUUUUCCAUCUUUCUUUCUUUCUUUUUAUCUUCCCUUCUUUAUUUAUUUCUUCUCUUCUUUCUUUUGAUCUUCGCUUCUUUCUUUCUUUCUUUUUUCUUCCCUUCUUUAUUCUUAUCUUCGCUUCUUUUUUCUCUCCUUCUUUCUUUCUGUCUUCUUUCUUUCUGUCUAUUUUCCUUUUCCAUCUUUCUUUCUUUCUUUCUUUUUCUUUCUUUCUUUAUUUAUUUAUUUAUUUUUAUUUAUUUAUUUCUUCCCUCCUUUCUUUUGAUUUCCGCUUCUUUCUUUCUUUCUUUCUUUCUUUCUUUCUUUCUUUCUUUUUUCUUCCCUUCUUUUUUAUCUUCGCUUCCCUUCUUUUUCCUUUCUUUCUAA